AUGGCUUCUGUCAACUUUGACCCCGAAGCCAACGAACCCGGGAACGACGUGCGCGAGGUGAGCAGCAAUAUCUCCAAGCCAACUAAGCGACAACGAUGGGCUACAACACGAGUCGCUGGCGCCGGUGGUGUACGGAAGCGGGUCUCCAUUAUGGACCGCUUUCACAAGCGUCACGAGUCGAAGAGUGAAAAGCGGCGGUCCAAUCUACCUACCGCCGAACACCCCGAUGCUCAGGGCGACGAGGAAACCGGCAAUCGAAGGAUUUACUUCAACGUCCCAAUUCCAGAUUCCGAAAGAGACGAAGAUGGUCAUCCCAAGGCCAACUACCCGAGAAACAAAAUCCGUACCGCGAAGUAUACUCCGUUGACUUUUGUUCCCAUGAACAUUUGGUUCCAAUUCCACAACAUUGCCAACAUCUAUUUCUUAUUCAUCAUUAUCCUUGGUUUCUUCCCCAUUUUCGGUGUUGACACUCCCGCGCUGAACACGGUGCCCCUGAUCGUCAUUGUUGUUGUCACCGCCAUCAAAGACGCCAUCGAGGAUUGGCGGCGGACUGUCCUAGACAACGAAUUGAACAAUUCCCCAGUAUACCGUCUGAUUGAUUGGAACAAUGUCAAUGUGAGCGAGGAAACCGUUUCCCUCUGGCGUCGAAUCAAGAAAGCCUCUACCCGCGCCACCAUAUGGACCUACAGGACGGGCAAAAAUAUGGUUCAGAAGAAGAAUCAGAAUGCCGAGGAACCGGAAGAAGCCGACCGCCGUGCGUCCUUUAUGACUACUGUGACACCGCGCACCUCCAUGUACUCCCAACGCGGCGACGACGUCCUCGAUCAAGAUGCCAUUCAGAUGACGCCGGUUCCGUCUCCCACCCCCGACGCACGCUCCGACUGGCCGCUGCCGAAUGGAGAGCAAAGCCAGUAUCUCCAUCCUGAUAAAGCCCGGAAUAGUCUUAUUGUGCCUCCAUCCCCUACUACGCCGCCGCGGAAAGGCGGUAGUGUGGUAGACAAAUCGAAACAGACCCCCGGGACCGCGAGAUUCAAACGUGACUUCUGGAAGAACAUCAAAGUGGGUGAUUUCGUCCGGCUGUAUAACGGAGAUCCCAUUCCGGCCGAUGUCGUAGUCUUGUCGACUUCGGACCCGGAUGGCGCCUGCUAUGUGGAAACGAAGAACUUGGAUGGUGAGACGAACUUGAAAGUUCGACAGGCACUCCAUUGUGGGAGCCAAGUCCGACAUGCCAGAGAUUGUGAGAAGGCCGAAUUCGUGAUUGACAGUGAAGCGCCGCAUCCAAACUUGUACGCCUACAAUGGUGCUUUGCGCUGGGAUCAGCGUGAUCCCGAUUUCCCCGAGGCUCCACGUAAGGAGAUGGUGGAGCCGAUUUCCAUCAACAACGUCCUCUUACGUGGUUGUUCCCUGCGGAAUACGGAAUGGGCUCUCGGUGUCGUCCUAUUCACCGGUGAAGAGACUAAGAUCAUGCUCAACUCCGGCGUGACUCCGACCAAGAGACCGCAGCUUGCCAAGGCUCUCAAUUGGAACGUCAUCUAUAACUUCAUCAUCCUGUUCUUCAUGUGCCUGAUCUCCGGUAUUGUCAACGGUGUUGCCUGGGGCCGAAAAGACAAGUCGCUCAAUUUCUUCGACUUUGGGUCGUAUGGAAGCACCCCGGCUGUCACCGGCAUUAUCACCUUUUGGGUGGCCCUCAUUCUGUUCCAGAACUUGGUGCCCAUCUCACUUUACAUCUCCCUGGAAAUCGUCCGCACCAUCCAAGCUAUCUUCAUCCAUAGUGAUGUCUUCAUGUAUUACGACAAACUCGAAAUCGCGUGUAUUCCGAAGUCCUGGAAUAUUUCAGAUGACGUCGGUCAGAUUGAAUACAUCUUCUCCGACAAGACUGGUACGCUGACUCAAAAUGUCAUGGAUUUCAAAAAAUGCACGGUCAAUGGAGUUUCCUAUGGUGAAGCCUUCACGGAGGCUCAGAUCGGUAUGGUACGACGAGAAGGUGGAGAUGCCGACGGAAUGGCUGCCAGAGCCCGCGAAAAGAUUGCUGCCGACACGGCAAGAAUGCUCAAGUUGCUUCGCGGCAUCCACGACAACCCCUACCUGCAUGAUGACAAGCUUACCUUUGUGGCCCCGGAUUAUGUGGCUGAUCUGGACGGCCAGUCGGGUGUUGCUCAAAAGAAAGCUACCGAACAUUUCAUGCUCGCUCUUGCAGUUUGCCAUACAGUAAUUACUGAGCAUACCCCGGGUGAUCCGCCCCAGAUCGAAUUCAAGGCGCAGUCCCCCGACGAGGCUGCCUUGGUAGCAACAGCCAGAGACUGUGGCUUCACUCUCCUCGGACGGUCGGGUGAUGACUUGAUCGUGAACGUCAUGGGCGAAGAACGCACCUACACGGUGUUGAACACGCUCGAGUUCAACUCAUCGAGAAAGCGCAUGAGUGCGAUCAUCCGCAUGCCGGAUGGAACUAUCCGGCUCUUUUGCAAGGGCGCGGAUAGUAUCAUCUAUUCGCGGUUGGCACCUGGAAAGCAGCAAGAGCUUCGGAAAAAGACCGCCGAGCAUCUUGAGAUGUUUGCACGUGAAGGAUUACGGACCCUUUGCGUCGCUGAUCGAAAACUCAGCGAGGAGGAAUAUCGAGCCUGGAGCAAGGAGCACGAUAUCGCCGCUGCUGCGCUGACAGACCGUGAGCAAAAGUUGGAGCAGGUUGCAAGCGAUAUUGAACAGGAGCUCAUGCUUAUCGGUGGUACGGCCAUUGAGGAUCGGUUACAGGACGGUGUCCCAGAUACAAUCUCCUUGCUUGCAGAUGCUGGUAUCAAACUCUGGGUUUUGACUGGUGAUAAAGUUGAGACUGCUAUCAACAUUGGCUUCUCCUGCAACCUCCUGAACAACGAUAUGGAGUUGCUUGUCUUGAACAUCCCAGAGAGCCAGCCCCAGCGAGCAUCCCAAGAGCUCGAUCAAUUGUUACAGCGCUUCGGACUGACUGGAUCUGACGAAGAACUUCUUGCUGCUCGGGAGGACCAUACGCCCCCACCGGCGACACAUGCUGUCGUCAUUGACGGUGAUACUCUCAAAUUGAUGCUUGGGGAUGACUUGAAGCAGAAAUUCCUCUUGCUUUGCAAGCGAUGCAAGUCCGUUCUCUGCUGCCGUGUCAGCCCUGCCCAGAAAGCUGCGGUCGUCAGAAUGGUGAAACAAGGUCUCAACAUCAUGGCUCUCUCCAUCGGAGAUGGCGCCAAUGAUGUUGCUAUGAUCCAAGAAGCCGAUGUGGGUGUCGGUAUCAUUGGUGAAGAGGGUCGACAAGCUGCCAUGUCUUCCGACUAUGCCAUUGGUCAAUUCCGCUUCCUUCAGCGUCUUGUCCUUGUCCAUGGAAGAUAUUCUUACCGACGUAUGGGAGAAACAAUUGCCAAUUUCUUCUACAAGAACUUGGUCUGGACGUUCGCACUGUUCUGGUACUCUAUCUACAACGACUUUGACGGUUCCUACCUGUUCGACUAUACUUACAUCGUUCUGGUCAACGUUGCCUUCACCUCCUUGCCUGUAAUUCUUAUGGGAAUCUUCGAUCAGGAUGUAGAUGACAAGGUCUCGCUCGCCGUUCCCCAGUUGUACAUGAGAGGCAUUGAGAGAAAGGAAUGGUCCGAACUCAAAUUCUGGCUAUACAUGUUCGACGGGCUCUAUCAGUCGCUCAUUUGUUUCUUCAUGCCUUACCUUCUGUACAGCCCCGCUAGAUUCGUGGACUCAAACGGUUUGAACAUCAACGAUCGCAUGCGUAUGGGUGUUCUGGUUGCUACCAGUGCGGUGAUCGCUAGCAACACCUAUAUCCUGCUGAACCAGUACCGAUGGGACUGGCUGACGGUCCUAAUCAACGUUAUUAGCACGUUGCUAAUUUUCACUUGGACUGGUAUCUAUUCCUCGGUUGAAGCGUCCGCACAGUUCUACAAAGCCGGCGCGGAAGUCUACGGCGCCUUGUCCUUCUGGGUUGUCUUGCUCCUGACCGUUACGAUAUGUCUUCUCCCUCGGUUCACCGUGAAGUCCAUCCAGAAGGUCUUUUUCCCAACCGAUGUCGAUAUCAUCCGUGAGCAGGUCACGCAAGGCAAAUUCAAAUACCUGGAUCAGUAUGAAGCCUUCGUCCCCCCCAAGGCUGCUGCUGCUACCUCUGGUGGCUUCAGUGACGAAUCUGCCACGUCUUCUGAUCUGGGGAAACCAGUUAAUCCGAAGCAAGAUCCAUUUUCGGACGACCAACAAAUCUACGCUCCUUCGGUCGCUCCAACACAGCAUACUCACAAUCCGCGGAGUCAGAACGGAAGCACGGGGACGAACUACGCCUCGAGCCUUGACCAACGUCCUCAACCGCAAUCAGUGGACUAUGUCCGGAAUUCCCCCGAGCGAACGCGACAUUCGUUCGACCGCGUUCAGCCUGAUUACGAAAUGCAUCAUCAUGACAUGACGCGCGUCGAUUCUUUGGGUGUUCAAACACCACCCAGUCCGCACAGCCCGUUGAAGGGCCCCUACGAUCCCCCUACACACCCGCCUACAGGUAAUUUUAUUUAG